AUGGCAGUUGUAGUGAUGCAUGUUGUUUCAUCUGUUGAAGUAUCUAGUUUUGAAUUUAGUGGGAGUUUUAAGUCUAGCAAAAGAUUUCUUUGUUCAAGGAAUGAAGGGAGGUUGUUUGGGAAGGACUCUAGAUGGAAUUCCCCAAUUUGUUCAAGUUUAGUUGCCAAUCAUGCUGGAGAUGUAGUGCUUUCUUCUGAGCAGAAGGUGUAUGAUGUUGUGCUUAAGCAAGCGGCAUUGGUGAAGCAACACAGAAGGCCAAAUGCCGUCGAUGUUAAGCCGGACAUUGUUGUCCCGGGGACUAUGUACUUGUUGAAAGAAGCUUAUGAUCGGUGCGGUGAAGUUUGCGCAGAGUAUGCGAAGACAUUCUAUUUGGGUACCAUGCUUAUGACACCAGAAAGACAACGAGCAAUAUGGGCUAUUUACGUUUGGUGCCGAAGGACGGAUGAACUUGUCGAUGGACCUAAUGCUUCACAUAUAACACCAUCGGCUUUAGAUCGGUGGGAGUCAAGGUUAGAGGAUCUCUUUGCCGGUCGGCCAUAUGACAUGUUGGAUGCUGCCUUAUCAGAUACAGCUUCGAUGUAUCCUGUUGACAUUCAGCCAUUCAAGGAUAUGAUCGAAGGAAUGCGAAUGGACCUCAGGAAAUCAAGAUACAAGAACUUUGACGAACUCUAUCUCUAUUGCUACUAUGUAGCAGGGACUGUUGGAUUGAUGAGUGUUCCGGUGAUGGGCAUUGCGCCGGAGUCAAAGGCGGCAACAGAGAGUGUAUACAAUGCCGCAUUAGCUUUAGGAAUUGCGAACCAACUUACCAAUAUACUCCGGGAUGUUGGAGAAGAUGCAAGACGGGGAAGGAUUUAUUUACCUCAGGAUGAGCUUGCUCAGGCCGGUCUAACAGAAGAGGACAUUUUCGACUGCAAGGUGACUGAUAAAUGGAGGAGCUUCAUGAAGAGCCAAAUCAAGAGAGCAAGGAUGUUCUUCGAGCAAGCGGAGAAGGGAGUGACUGAGCUUAGCCAAGCUAGCAGAUGGCCAGUGUGGGCUUCUCUGCUUUUGUACAGACAAAUCCUUGAUGAAAUUGAAGCAAAUGACUACAAUAAUUUCACAAAGAGAGCAUAUGUUAGCAAAGCAAAGAAGUUGAUGGCACUUCCAAUGGCUUAUGGCAGGUCUCUUCUUAAGCCUGCUUCUUUGACACAUUCAAGCUUUGUAAAAACUUGA